GCCGCGGCGCAGCCCGCAAAAUUCACACACACACAAGUAGCGAUUUCCUAUAUAUUAUAUUAUAUACGGUAGUAGUACGCGUGCUCGUUCGUGUGUGCCACGCGAAUAAAACCGGUACACUCGCGCGCGGCUGUCAGUGCGAGGCAUACGCGUAAACAGCAGACACACACGCGCGUGCGGAACGAAAUGCGCGAUGUCUCAUGAAACAACAGGUGACCGAUGGAGCGUGUGAGUCAGGCUGCUGCUGCCGCACAUCGUUGACGCAGAUUUCCAAGCGAUUUAUAUACACUUUGACACGAACUUGACAGACCCGGCAGCCAACAUGACGUAUCGAGGUCUCAGCCAACACGUUAAUUUCGAGUCUGUGCCCGAUCCCGAGGAUCGUUUCAGCCUCGAGGAGCUGAUCGGAGAGGGAACUUACGGCGAGGUUUACAAAGCGCGCGAUAAAGAAAGUGGCUCGCAAGUGGCCGUCAAGAUACUGGAAAAUGUCGCCGACAAUAUCGAGGAAAUCGAGGAAGAGUUUCUCGUUUUGCGAGAUCUCAGCAUGCACCCGAAUAUACCCGAUUUCCAUGGCAUUUUUCUCAAGAGAUCGAAACCGGCUCAGGAAGAGGAUCAACUUUGGUUCGUCAUGGAGCUAUGCACUGGUGGGUCAGUAACAGACCUCGUCCAGGGUCUGAAGAGACGUGGAAGCCGUUUGACCGACGAUCAGAUAGCCUAUAUUCUGCACGACACCGUUGAAGCCUUAAUCUAUUUACAUAAUAAUCAUUGCAUGCAUCGAGAUGUUAAAGGUCACAAUAUACUGCUGACUGAAGAUGCACGCGUGAAACUGGUCGAUUUCGGCGUUUCCUCUCAUCUGGCCGCCACUCACGUGAGAAGAAACACUUCAGUCGGUACGCCGUACUGGAUGGCACCCGAAGUGAUAGCCUGCGAGCAGCAGCUGGAUUCGUCCUACGAUUCGCGCUGCGACAUCUGGUCGGUCGGCAUAACGGCCAUCGAGCUGGCCGAGGGCGAUCCGCCGCUCUUCGAGCUGCACCCGAUGCGAGCCCUGUUUCAGAUACCGCGCAAUCCACCGCCGAGCCUGAAAAUUCCCGACAUGCAUUCGGCCGAGUUGUCGGAUUUCAUCGCCGAGUGCUUGGUCAAGGACAUGGAGCAUCGACCGUUCGCCUGCGAGCUCAAAGAGCAUCCGCUGCUGUUGAGCGUCGAGGAUAGGCUCGAAGAAAUAAGGCUGCAGAUCAAAGAGGAGAUUCAAAAGUAUCGAUCCGAAGGUAGAGUCGUUCAUCAACCCGACGUUACGACGAAGCACGGAAAAUUGAAGACAGAUCGCAAAACCAGACCCGAAAAGAUGUACAUGGAUGACCUAGCCGCGUUGGAUGUUCUUUCCGAAGAUGCUAUUGUUGACCAAUUACAAAAUCGCUAUGAAAGAUCGCAGAUUUACACGUACAUCGGAGACAUACUCGUGUCAGUCAAUCCUUUCACCAAUCUCGGCUUGUACACUGGAAUGGAACGACGACGUUACAAAGGUCAGGCGCGUUCGGACAAUCCUCCGCACAUAUUUGCCGUGGCCGACGCGGCUUAUCAAGCGCUGCUUCAUCAGCGUCAGAAUCAGGCGAUAGUCAUAAGCGGCGAAUCGGGCGCGGGUAAAACCGAGUCCGCCAAUUUGCUUCUCAAGCAACUGGUCUACCUGAGCAAGGCUCCCAACAGGAAUCUGGAGGAACGCAUCCUGCAGAUAAAUCCGAUAAUGGAGGCGUUCGGAAACGCGACCACGGGCAUAAACGCCAACUCGUCGCGAUUCGGCAAGUAUCUGGAUCUGACGAUGACGCGCGGCGGAAAAGUCACCGGGGCUAGAAUCGCCGUCUACCUGCUCGAGCAGUCUCGCGUGGUGGCACAGGCGGAAGAGGAGCGAAAUUUCCACAUAUUUUAUUAUAUGUACGACGGUCUGGAGGCCGACGGUCGACUGGAAGAGUUUUUCCUGAGCCCCGAGAUCCGAAAAACGCAUCGCUAUCUGACCGAUGCUGCCGCGGACAAUACGCAAACCCACAUCGACAAGUUCCAGCAGCUCAAGGCUGGUUUCAAGGUUCUCGGCUUCGCGGAUACCGAAGUCGACACGGUGUACAGCGUUUUGGCGGCGAUAUUGCAUCUCGGCGACAUCGAGUUCGUGGAAAUUCUCUCCGAGGAUAACACCGAUAACAAGAGUGCCGUGGUCGACAACGAGCCCGUCAUAAGAGUGUCCAAACUUUUGGGAGUCGAACCGGACGAUCUGAUCGAAGCCCUGACGUCGAAUUCAGUGGUAACUCGCGGAGAAACUAUCACGCGAAACAACACCGUGGAAGAGUCUUGCGCGGCUCGCGACGCCAUGGCCAAGGGCUUGUACGGCCGUCUGUUCGAUUGGAUGGUUAAUCAGAUUAAUUGCUUAUUAAGCUUCAAUCGUUCGUCCAUGUACGAGCCACUCGCCAUCGGAUUGCUCGACAUUUUCGGCUUCGAGAACUUCCCCAAGAACUCGUUCGAGCAGCUCUGCAUCAACAUCGCCAACGAACAGAUCCAGUAUUACUUCAACCAACAUAUUUUCACCUGGGAACAGCAGGAGUACAUGGCCGAAGGUAUUCCCGUGGAUUUAGUUGAGUUUUCGGAUAACAGGCCAGUUUUGGAUAUGCUGCUGAGCAAGCCCAUGGGCUUAUUAGCUCUUUUGGAUGAAGAAAGUCGUUUUCCAAGGGCUAAUGAUAAAUCUUUGAUUGAAAAAUUCCACAACAAUAUCAAAUCAAAGUUUUACGUAAGGCCCAAGUCCGAUGCCGUAUGUUUUGCCAUUCACCACUUUGCCGGUCGAGUCGUUUAUCAAGCCGACGGUUUUCUCGAGAAAAAUAGAAACUUUUUGCCACCCGAGGUGAUACAACUCGUGCGUCAGUCGCAAUUCGACAUGGUUCGAUUCCUGUUUCAGUGCCCGAUCACCAAGACCGGCAAUCUCUACUCGGCGAUGCAGGAUGUAAAUUCGAGGAAGCUAUCGCCGUCGGGCCACAGUACCAAGGAACGUUACUCCAGUAGAGGUUUGGCGUCGCAAUCGCGAGCUCAACAGACCGUUGCCACUUACUUCAGAUACUCGCUGAUGGAUCUCUUGCAAAAAAUGGUCUCCGGCUCCCCGCAAUUCGUUCGCUGCAUCAAGCCGAACGACAAUCGAAGUCCCAAGUUCUUCGACAAAGAAAAGGUCAUUAAACAACUCAGAUACACCGGUAUAUUGGAGACGAUUAGGAUUAGGCAAAACGGCUUCUCUCAUCGAAUACCUUUCAACGAAUUCUUAAAAAGAUACUGUUUCCUCGCUUUUGGAUGGGAUGAAAGAGUGAUUGCUAAUCGUGAUAAUUGUCGACUUCUUUUGGUUCGAUUAAAAAUGGAUGGUUGGGCAUUAGGAAGGACGAAAGUUUUCCUCAAAUAUUACCACGUCGAGUUUCUCUCGAAGCAGUACGAAGAGCAGUUGAAAAAAAUCGUUAUGGUGCAGGCGUGCGUUCGUCGGUGGUUAGCGAAGAUUCGUUUCAAGCGUGAAAAAUGGCAGCUCGCCGUGUCGGUUGUGACAUUGCAACGACACAUUCGGGGCUGGCUAUCGAGAAAACAUGCGAUUGAAGCGCUUAAAAGUCGCAAUGAAGAAUCGAGUGUUGUGCAAAAAGCAGCUGAAGAAGCAGCUAAUCGCGUUCGAGGAUCAAGGCAAAAUUCAGAAACUCAAGAAAGCGAAGAAAAAGCUGCUCUGGUCAUACAGAGUCAUUUCAGGGGUUACACUAUACGCAAGAAGUUUGGCCUAGAAUUGGAGGAACGAUACAAGCGAAUUUUGAAUGAUUACGACGAUAAAAGAGAAGCCCACCAGGCUUUACUGCGUGAAGGUGUCAAACCAGAUGAUGCCACUCUUAUCAUAAAGAGGUGGUAUAAGACAGAGGGUCCAAUUCGUAAAAAAGUUCCAGUCAAAGAUUCGGUCCAUCCAAAACUUAGACAGGCCGACCUUAUUCACUUCGCACAGACUGUACACAUGAAAAAUCAAGAAGUGCAUAAGUAUCUAAGAGCGAAUAAAGGCCCUGUUCCGAUAAGCGAAAUUGAAGAAAAUCCAGAAGAUUACGUAAGACCGAAAAAUUUCGAUAUAAUUCGGCAAUACUUGGAAUCACGUGACGACGAACAAAUCGAAGAUAAUACUGUCAAGUAUUAUCGCGACUUGCAAGAUGAUCUCAGCAGUGGUUCGGACUCAGAAGCAGAAAAGGAAAUUAAUUGGGACUUACCAAUGAUACAGCUGGAAAAUGACCUCCAACCUUCAGCGAGAGGUCGCAUGGGACAAGUGUUGGAGAUGGAAGCGGUGAGAAAAGAUCGCCUUCAAGCCCACGGCGAUUAUCAAGUCGCCUCAGAGCAACAACUCUCGGACAUUUGGCACAAAGCUUUGAGUAAUCCAGCUGAGACACAAGGGGAUACUUCGGCAACUCAAAUUAAUUCAAGGAAUGAAGAUUAUCGUAAUGGCUUGCAAUCCUCACCAGAGUAUAGAAAACAAAUUCCGGAACGUAAUGUUCAUAAUUUUGCCAAUGGUACACAUUUCUAUCUAAAUAAUGGAAAAAAUCAACGUAACGGAGCUGGAUACAAGAUUAGUGAAAUCAAUAGCUAUGCAAGAGCUAUCAAUGGAAUAGUUAAUAAUCAACAUCAACAGACACAACGAGCUGAACAACUGCAAAAUCCCAAUGAUAAUUUUACUAACAAAAAUAACAUUAAUAGAAAUAAUAAUAAAAAUGAUAAUGAUAAUAACAAUAAUAAUAGUAUUAAUAAUAAUAUAAGUCGUCAGUCAAAACCUAUCAUAACUGAUAAAAUGAAUAGUCAAGAAUUCAAUGAUAAUAUUGCAUACAGUGACAAAAUAAGCAAUAUCAACAAUAGGAACAACUUGAAACAUAGCAACAUGAAUUCAAGCAAUUUUCAUCAUAAACCCGUGACGCCACGUAACCUCGUGAAUGUUCGAGCGAACAUCGCUAUAAAAUCCAUCAACGAUCGUAUGGUUGGAAUAACUCCAGAUUUACGUAAAUUUUUGAGACCAACGAUAACGAAAAUUAACCAAGAAGAGAAGAGAAAAGUCAAUGCUAUCCAGGUGCAACAAGACAGUGAAGAUAUAAACGGACCGUAUAAUUUUCGAAAAUUAUUAAGACCCGCGAGGUAUUUGCCCACCGAGUCUUUACGAAAGCGCAAAGGCGCAAGUGAUGGACUGCCAGUGGUGAAAGAUAAACUAGUUGCUGGGAAGCCAAUCAAAAGAAGAGCUCCAUUAGCGCCAAAUAUUAGCGGCAAGAUAAUACUUGAACGAAAGCGAUGAAAUUCAGAAAAAUAGCUAGGUCCUGCAGCUGACGUGGAAGAGAGAAACUUUCAUCGUAAAAGUAAUUAUUUUCAACUCUUAAUUAAAUAUUUUUCAAUAAUGAAAUUUUGAUAACAAUACAAAUUAACAACUUAAAAACACAUUUUAGAAUAUGACUAAUUUGCAAAUGCAGGAUUUUAAAUUAAUUGAAAAUAAUUUUUACGUUCAAAGUUUCUCGUUCAACGUAAAAUGUCUUCAAAAUUAUAUUAUUUUAAUAUAAAAUGUGAUGUGAAAAGAUUACCAACUUACGUUGUUUUUCAAAAAUCACAUAAUAAUUUUGUUAUGUAAAACAAAAAACCGAUAAAAUCUGCGUACGUUUAGUGCUAGUCAUUGUCGAUCUAAACUCGAGUACGCAAACAUCGAUGCAAGUAUUAUUACUUUUUAGUUCUUAUCGCAGCGAAAAACUCUUAUUCUUUAAAGCUGAUUUUAAAACGAAUCAGCUUUAUCAGGCGAGUAAUUUCCAAAGUUCUAGCUUAAAUUAAAACGUAAUUUAUUUGUAAGUCAUUAUAUUCUACAGAUUUUUAAAAAUAAACUAUUUCAUUUGUUAAAAAUUUUAUGAUCAUGUUGCGAGUGUAAAAUCAUUUUAAAUCGAUCGUUAUGGUUUAAUCAAGUAUAUGCCAGUAAAUAAAUAUAACUAUAUCAAUAAUCAAGACAU